AGGAGUGCGCAGCUGUGUGCAGGACACAUCCAAACAGAGACAGCAGCAGAUCAUACACUUCAUAAUGGGCAACUGUUGCGCGUAUCUGGGUCCACAAAAGAACACCAAUGUCCGGGUGAGCCUCCCCGCCGUGUGCUUCGUGUGGCAGAUCGCAAUGAUCAUCCUGUUUGGUGUUUUCAUCCGCUAUGAUGAGGAGUCAGACGCGCACUGGGUGGAAACCAGAAGACAUGAAAACAUCUCGAGCGACAUUGAAAAUGACUUCUACUACAGAUACCCAAGUUUCCAAGAUGUCCAUGUCAUGAUCUUCGUUGGAUUUGGUUUCCUAAUGACUUUCCUGAAACGCUACAGUUUUGGAGGUGUGGGUUUCAACUUCCUGAUCGCAGCCUUUGGUCUCCAGUGGGCGCUCCUCAUGCAGGGCUGGUUCCAUUCCCUCGAUCACACCACUGGGAAAAUCUCCAUUGGUAUUGAGAGUUUGAUCAAUGCUGACUUCUGCUGCGCUGGCUCUCUGAUCGCCUACGGUGCGCUCCUGGGUAAAGUUAGCCCUGUGCAGUUGCUGGUGGUGACUUUGUUUGGUGUUACGCUAUUUGCUGUGGAAGAAUACAUCAUCCUUGAUCUGCUUCAUUGCCGUGAUUCUGGUGGCUCAAUGGUCAUUCAUGCUUUUGGCGGUUACUAUGGUCUGGGCAUCUCCUGGAUCCUUUAUCGACCAAACUUACACCAAAGCAAGCAACUCAUUGGUUCUGUCUACCACUCUGAUGUGUUUGCUAUGAUUGGGACCCUGUUCUUGUGGAUGUUCUGGCCCAGUUUCAACUCUGCCAUCACAGACCACGGUGACGGACAGCACAGAACAGCCAUAAACACGUACCUCGCUCUAGCCUCGUGUGUGCUCACCACUGUGGCCCUCUCCAGUAUGUCUCAAAAGAAAGGCAAGCUGGACAUGGUGCAUAUCCAGAAUGCCACGCUGGCUGGUGGUGUGGCUAUGGGAACAGCUGCUGAGUUUAUGAUUACUCCUUAUGGCGCUCUGAUCGUGGGCUUUUGCUGUGGCAUCAUAUCGACGUUUGGCUACCUGUUUAUCACACCUUUCUUGGAGAAGUAUCUUAAGCUCCAGGACACUUGUGGAGUGCAUAACUUGCAUGCAAUGCCAGGAAUGCUCGGUGGGUUCGUAGGGGCCAUUGUAGCUGCUGCUGCGAGUGAAAGUGUCUAUGGAAAAGAAGGGUUGAUCAAUACUUUUGACUUUGAGGGCAAAUUUGCAAAUCGAGGAGUUGGAACACAGGGUGGAUUCCAGGCGGCAGGCACAUGUGUCGCCAUCGCCUUUGGGCUGGUCGGAGGAGCCAUCGUCGGUUUUAUCCUGAAGUUUCCAAUUUGGGGAGAUCCCGCUGAUGACAACUGUUAUGAUGAUGAAGUCUACUGGGAGGUUCCUGAAGAUGAAGAGUCAAUUCCUCCAGUGUUGGAGUACAACAACCACAUGAUCCACAAGCACCAAGACAUAGCCGAGUCCAACUUCUCAGUGGAACAAAGUUAAUCAAAUACAUAACUGAUGUACUUUUAAUAUAGCUGUGGUUUAAAGAAUGAGCCACUUUGACAAUCUGUGAAUGAAAACAUUAAGAUGCUUAUUAAUGUUAUUUGAGCUCAAUAAGGUGUAAUAUACAAAAAGCACUAUGUUUAUGACUAAUUGUAUUUAGGACAGUGGAAAAUGUCCUUAUGCUUAUUCCAGUGUAUUGCUCUUAUACACCAGGGUCACAGACAUGUGCUAGCUAUAAAGGUUGUGUAUUUAAGUAUUACAAUGUCCUUUUACUGCCAAAUGUGACUACAUUAUUUUAAUGUAAAAUUAUAUGUAUUUUAUUUGUACAUAUGAAUGUGCCCUUUUUUUUGAAAGGUUGAAGUUGAAUAACUAUGACACAGUUUACAAACCAGGCGUUUUGUGUGGUUGAAAGUUAACACUUCACUCAGAGUUUUAUGUGGAAAAUAUCAUUUGAUUAACGUAUUUUAAUGUGAAAUUUGUUUUGAAAUUGUGUUGAAUAAAAAUGACUGUAUAUUUU